UGCGAUUAGGAGGCAGUAGCUCGUAUUUGGAGGAGAUGGAGGUAACAGAUGAAAUCUCCUUCCUUAACAGUGCUGCGUUUUUCUCCAGUUCCCAAGAAGACGAACGGCCUAUGUCACCCUUCUACUUGAGUGCACAUGUGUCACAAGUCAGUAGCAACAUUCCUGCUACAGGAGAGUAUUUAGAGAAGACAAUCCGCUCAGCCGUGGAGCAGCAUCUCUUUGAUGUUCAUGGCUCAGGCGGCCAGAGUUCAGAGGACUCUGAAUCGGGAACAUCUUCAGCCUCUUCUAAUGUGUCUGCCAGGCAGAGGAGGCGACAGCACAAAGAGCAGGAGGAAGCCCGGAGAAACAGAGACAUGGAAGUCAUCAACAAAGAAAACAUUCCUUCUGGAUUCAGCAAUCUUGAAGACUGCAUUCUGUCUGCUCAAGAGGUAGAAAAAUUGCCAGACAGUGGCUCCUCUUAUCUUGGUGAAAGGAACAAACCGAAACGGCAGAAAUCCAGCACCAAGCUUUCAGAGCUUAAUGACAACCAGGACAGUCCUGUGAGUAUGGAAAGCUUUAGCUCAUCCAGACCUAUAGACAGAACAGGACCUGAUGACAUGGAAAUUUUAUCUGAAGAAAGCAAAGAAAGUGAAAACGAUGAGGUUUUUUUCAGGCACUCACAGCCGUCUUCAAGUAUGAAGAUUCAAGAGCAUCCAAGUAUUCCUGAAACCAAGUUGCAAAGAAAUCAAGAUGCAGAUGAACAGGAGAGCAGCUUUGUGUCAGAAGUGCCUCAGCUGGAUUUGACAGCGCUAUGCGAUGACAGCAACUGGGAAGGUAGGAAGGAUUGUGCGAUGGCUGUUGAUGACUCUCUACUGCCCAGUUUGGAGGUAGGAGAAAACUGGCUGGUGAUUCUUCACGUGAUCUUCAUGAGAUCCAUUUUGAGCUGUGGAAAUGUUACCCUUGCUCAGCCAAAAGAAAUACUGCUCCUUGUUCAAAUGCUGGCUGGCCGUUUAAUUCGCCAGCUUCUGGAUGAGGACAGUGAUCCGAUGCUGUCCCCUCGUUUCUACGCCUAUGGACAGAGCCAACAAUACCUGGAUGAUACAGAAGUGCCUCCUUCCCCUCCCAAUUCCCAUUCAUUCAUGAGGAGGCGGAGUUCGUCCUUGGGAUCUUAUGAAGAUGACAGAGAGGACCUGACCCCUGCACAGUUGACCCGGAGGAUUCAGGGACUGAAGAAAAAGAUCAGGAAGUUUGAGGACAAAUUUGAAGAGGAGAGGAAAUACAGACCUUCCCACAGUGACAAAGCAGCCAACCCUGAAGUGCUUAAAUGGACAAAUGACUUAGCCAAAUUCCGAAAGCAACUUAAAGAGUCAAAACUGAAGAUAUCGGAGGAAGAUCUUGCUCCUGUGGUGCGUCAGCGGAGCAACACACUCCCCAAGAGCUUUGGUUCUCAGCUCGAAAAAGAAGACGACAAGAAGCAAGAUCUGUCAGAUAAAUCAGCCAAGCCUGCUGUGGAAGUGACCCUUGACUCUAUCCAGAAGAAGCUUCAAGAAAAACGAGCAGACACAAACCGACCUGAAGAUAUUAAGGACAUGACAAGAGAUCAGAUAGCAGCUGAGAAAGUGGCUCUUCAGAAAGCCCUGCUGUACUAUGAAAGCAUUCAUGGCAGACCGGUAACCAAAAAUGAACGACAGGUGAUGAAGCCAUUAUAUGACAGAUAUCGCUUGGUCAAACAGAUCCUCUCCAGAGCCAACACUAUUCCUAUUAUUGAAGAAGAGGAGGGGUCCGAGGAGGACAGCAAUCUGAAACCAGAGUUCACAAUUACCAUGAAAACAGAUUUCAACGUACGUAGCUUCUUGGAUCAACUAGAAGAUGAUGCUGAUGGCUUUGUUUCCCCUGUGGAUGAUAAGAUACCAUCAAAAAGCAACCAGGAUAUGGGGCUUUCAAAUCUUCAUGAAGCAUCUAUCCCUGAACUGUUAGAGCAGCUCCAAGAAGUCAGGGAAGAGAAAAAGCGAAUUAGAAAAAAAUUGAGAGACUUUGAAGAUAAUUUUUUCCGACAAAAUGGAAGGAACGUGCAGAAAGAAGAUCGCACUCCUAUGGCAGAAGAAUACAACGAAUACAAGCAGGUUAAGGCCAAGCUGAGGCUGCUGGAGGUCCUGAUCAGUAAAAGAGAUAUUAGCUCCAAGAUCAUGUAAAGGAGGAGAUUGUUUUCGCCAGUAAACUGAAAAGAGACCACACCAAACGGAUGAAUGCAUGAAGCAAAUGCAGCAGGAGCCUGCCUGGGGAGGGCUGAGGAGCUCUCUGGGAAAUAAAAGGCCAUUUCCAGAGCUGGGAGGGGGAGGAAGGGUGACUUUCCAUCACUCUUGGGACUUGCUAUUGU